GAGAGGAGGUGGACUGGCAAAAUAUCUCAUGAGCCUUGGUCGCCUCCGGUUUACCUUCCCCGUCUCCAAUACCUACCGCCGUCGCAGCCUCCUCUCGGUUUCUGAUGCUGCCGCUCCGAUGAAGAUUACCACGCCACUGUUGCUUAGAUCCCUGGAGAAGGGGAACAGCAGUCGCGCCAGGCGGCAUGCCUCGUCCGAGCCGCAUGGUGGCCGACACAUCGGCGCUUUCAUGGUCGGUCCUGGGCGGUGCCUUGUCAGCGUCGUGGAUGGCUUGGGCAGCGCCUUGGCAUCCAAGAGGGGCGAAGUGGGCCGGCCAACAUGCGUGGGGUGCAAAGGCCACGAGCAGGAAGGAGAUGCGCUGGAGGUGAUGGAGGAGGAAGUUGGAGGUGGCAUCAGCGUCCAUGGCGACGCCGCCACGGGACCCCCCUGCACACCUCAGCGUCCAUGGCAACGCCGCCAUGGGAACCCCCCUACACACCUCGGCAUGCCUCGUCUGUGCCACAUGGUGGCCGAGAUGCGGCCGCCCAUGCUCUGCCGGCGCCGUCUCAUCCUCUUCAUCAAGAGGAGGCAUCUCUGCCGGACCACACCUCCCCAUCUACCGCACUUUACUGAUAAAGUACUCAUCGAGCUUAGAUUAAAUUUUAUGGGAUUGCAGGCUGAGAAAAGCAAAGGAGAUUUAUGCGACAAGAUCUUGAAGUUGGAAUCGGAGGUCGAUGAUUUAAAGGAGGAGAUCGCUCUUCUCAAUUACAAUAUGGAAAGGCUGAAGGCACAAUUGUCACCAUCAUCACCAUCUCCUCCACCUCCGAAGAAGGGGAACUAA